AUGGAUCCUAAUGGCUCCUAUCCUAACAAAGUCAGAUCCACUGAAAGUGAAUCCAAUGUAGCCCUAUCAGCACUACCACCAAACUUGCCUGAUGCACAAAUUACUCCUUUAUCCAUGGCCAACACCCAUAAUUCUAAUCCCAACCAUAGGGAAAUCAUUGAGAACCAGCGAGAAAUGUUAUCGUACCAAGCUUUCUUGUCAAAUCCUAUUAGGAACUACUUUGGUUCAUCAGAUCUAAGGAGGAUAUUGUCCAUGGAGUCUCCAUCAGUCACAUCCUUACUCCAAGGAGAUCCCGUUGCCGUUGUUCAUGCCCACCUUAAUACUAUUGGAGCAACAGAUGAUGGUCCAAUCUUUGGGAUCCCCACCACCCAUGUCACCGAGGAGCAACAAAAUAUACCACAUGGAGUGCUAACCCAUGAUGCUACUGAUGGUGUACCUACCCCUCUAGCUCCAUUCAUGGCAUCCCCACAUGGCCUCAGAGAAGACAAGACUCAUAUAGGUGGCCCAAAUGUCGUUACCGAAAGUGUUAUUGUGCAUGAUUCUACGAGCUUACGUAAGUACAAAUGCAAGAUUUGUGAUCGCAAGUUCAACUCAUAUCAAGCCUAUGGUGGUCACAUGAAGUUCCAUAGUAUAGAAAGGAAGAAAAGGUUACAAAGUUGA